AACAUACAUACAUGUCCUGCAUACAAAAAUUCCUUGCUCAUGUCGACAUUUAUCUGUAUAGCAGGUGUAGUUAUGUGUCGAUCUCACAUCCAUUCUGUCUUCUUGCCCAUACCAUUCAGUAGACACUCAACCAAACCCAGUAAGCUUCCUCCUAAGUAAAGCAAACAAAUACCCAAAAACAAAUAUUUCAUACCAUGUCGUUGUUGAAGUCCUCACAAUAACAAAAGCACCAAACAGAAACGCAUUUCCAACCCACCAAACAAUGUCUUGGCUCUUCACCCCUCUCCAACCCGACGGGGAAAACGACUCGUCGUUUCUCUCCCAAACCCUCACCCGCCAACUCCGCGGCGUCGCCACCUUCCUCGCUCCGCCUCCGCCGUCAUCCUCCUCCUCCGAUUCUCCACCGCCGUCGCUGGCGCUCUUGGGAGUCCGAAACGAUCUGGCGGAAUUUGGCGGGAGCUUGAAGACCGGCCUCUCCCUUCUCUCCGUCGCCGGAAUCUCCAAAUUGGCUUCGAACUUGCUGCCGGUUCGGAACCGAGACGGCGGAGGUUCCGUGCCGGGGAUCACCGAUGAGAUUCUCGGCUUCGUCGCUGAGAUUUCGAAGCUUCCGGACUGUUGGACCGGCUUUCCUAUACCACUGGAUCACCAUGAUUUUAGCAUGUCCAGUGCUCAGAGAGAGCAUGCCUCCGCUGUCGAAGAGUUGGUUCCGGAGUUUGUGGAAUUAAGAGUCAGAGUUUGCGGUUCGAUGAGCAAGGAUCAAUUUUGGAUGAUAUAUUUCUUGCUGCUGCUGCCAAGAAUAAAUGCAGAUGAUUUUGAGCUUCUGUCGACCCCCAAGAUUGUUGAAGCAAGAGAUGCACUUUUGCACAAGCUUCAAAAGGACACACAGGUAUCUGAGGAGUCAACUCUUGAUUCAACUGAAAAGGACACCCUGGUUGAGAAGACGCAAGGGGAGAAAGUCUCGUCUUUAGAAAAGAAAGAUUUGACAGAGAUUGUAAAUACAGCAGAAAGGUUAAGAAUCGACGAUGAAGAGAGCACUGAGCAAUGGUCCGAAGAGGCAAGUAUUAGUUCAGGUACUUUUGUGGAUGACCCAAAGAAACUUGAACAUGAAGAUGAUAUCUCAUUCAGCGAUCUAGAGGGUAACGAGAGUGACAUUUCUAGUAGAUCAUCAGGCCUAAGACCAGCUCAGGCCAUUAGGGGAUGUUCACCAAGUGGAUCAAAUGACUGGGUUCGGCUGAAUAGAAGUUCUGCAAUUGGUAGUGGCCAUCAAAGGACUGGUACGUUGAAAGAGAAAGAUUCAGAAGGUGAAGAGUCGAAUGACUGGCUCACUGUAGAUAAGUUUGAUUAGAAAAAAUUGGCAGCUGCUUUGCCAACUAAUUGUUAAGUGUCUUUUUCACUGUUCUUUCGGUGUUCUGUAAUUGCCUGAAAAAAUGCAUAUAUGUUAUACAUAAGCUUCUUCGUGAAUUAACUCCAGUUUUUAAGUAUAUACUCUUGAUAU